CCCUCUGUCCAUUUGCUUCCCGCCGUAUCGUCACUUCCACUCUCCCGACCAUAGACGGUGGAUCGUGGAUACUGUUGUAUGUACCGAGUACCCUACGGAGCAUUGAUGCCACGAAUCCGUUCUUUGUUUUUUUUCCUGCGCGGUCAUGCCAUUCGCUUUCUCGCAUAUUUUUGUGGGUGUCUGGCUUCCUCACCACAAACACUCGGCUACCGACAUUUCGGUCUUCUGCCGGCCUGAAGUGCAAUCAAUCGUAUCAUCUGCCACGCCUGGCAUAAGUUGGUUGGUUUGGUGAUCUGUUGUUGGCUCUCUUACUCUUUCCUCUCCUCGCGGGGACCUUGUUUUGGCGAUCUACAACGGAACCCAGGUCACACGCUUCAGCCCCCCAUGGAAGUGGCCAACACCUCCAUACUUGAUGACACAGCCCUCUUGAUUCAAUAGCAGGACCGACCAUUCCGCCUGCCUGUCAUCACCGUCGUUUGCUUUUGACAGAAUUUCACUCACCUAGACUGCAGCUAGCAUUCAUAUUUCCUCGAGUUCUCACCUACCUAUACCCCUUGGUGGUCAAAUGGCCACGACCUCACCAUCGACAUGGCCGUCCUCCUCUCCGUCGUCCCUACACACACUCCACUCUUCUGGUCAUGUGUCGGCUUGUACGCGGACGCGGUCAAGCUGCUCUCUCCGAGCAGGAGGCUGCAGAAACUCGCCGAAGAGAUAGCCAGAUACAGCCGAAGACCUCCAGAGACACACGAACAAGCCCUGUUAAGACGCAUGCACCAAGCCGAAAGUUUGGCCGAGUAUGAGAACUGCACAAUCGACUUGGACAAUCUGCAAGGGCACGAGGCAUGGAAGAAGGAGAAGGAGUCCGUUGAGCCUGGGUACAAUCCCGACGUGAUCGAGAGCCAAGUCAUCCGCCUCAAGAAUGCCGUGGCCGAUAAGGACCUGAAUGCCAUGCAACACCUCCUUAGAACGGGGCUCAGCCGUGACCUGGGUGGCAUGAACAUGUUACGACUCUACAAACAUUCGUGGUUUGGCACCAAAUCCCUGAUAGACGACUACAUCAACACCGUUUUAGAAACCAUCGAGACCUUUACCGAAACCAGCAUCCACAGCAAUAUCUCUACCGCAGAAAUUCGACAUCACCAGCAAUCGUUAGAAGACGCGUUAAAGUUCUUUGGGCGUUCAGCACUGACUCUGUCUGGUGGAGCACUUCUAGGAAUGAAGCAUAUCGGCGUUGUCAAGACGCUCUGGGAAGCAGAGUUACUCCCCGAGAUCAUCUCGGGGGCCUCAGCAGGAAGCAUUGUGGCCGGCAUCGUGGGCAGCAGCAAUGACGAGCGCAUGGCGGAAGUGCUUGACCACUUUCCGUUUUCCGACCUCGCCGUCUUUGAUCCACCGGGAACUGGCAGGGCGGGAUGGCUCGUACAGCGGGUUCGCACUUUUCUGCGAACUGGGGCUUUCUUUGAAAUGGACAACUUGAAGCGAGUUAUGAAGUCAUGGCUGGGUGACAUUACCUUUCGAGAAGCACGCUAUAAGACCGGACGGAUUCUCAACAUCUGCGUGUCCAGCGCAGGCACCGCGGAGCCACGACUCCUCAACUUCGUGACCGCUCCCGACGUGUUCAUCUGGUCCGCUGUCUGCGCAUCCUGUGCUGUGCCCAACGUCUUCCCACCUGCCAACAUCUACGAGAAAGACCCCAUCACCAAGGAGGAAAAGCUGUGGAUGCAAAAUGCCCAGCAAACGUUUGUGGAUGGGUCCCUUGACCACGACAUUCCCAUGAGGAAACUUUCUGAGAUGUUCAACGUCAAUUUCUUCAUUGUCUCACAGGUCAAUCCACAUGUUCGGGUCUUUCUGGAUCAAGAGGAGGUCUUUCGCGGGAAACAACCCACCGCUCCCGUGCCUGUCCGGAAUCCUCUUCAAGCAGCCAAGGAGUUGCUCAGGGAGGAAAUCAUCCAUCGCGCUCAACAACUCUCGGAUCUUGGUUUCCCUCAGGGAUUUUACAGAUGGGCUUCCCUCUUCAACCAACAAUACACUGGCGACAUCAAUGUUUUGCCAGACAUCAAGCCAAGCGAGUACCUCCAUAUGAUGAUGAAUCCCACACCGGAAUUCAUGGUAGAAGCUACAGUGGCUGGAGAACGGUCCACAUGGCCCCGUAUGUGCCGCAUCAAGAACUGUGUUGCUAUCGAGCUGUCUCUGAUCCAGGCCAUCCACACGCUGCGAGACAGAGUAAACUUUGGGCCCGAGGCUAGGGCCGCUCGCGAGCACAAAAGAUCCAACAGCAAGGGCCGGCCAGGUCGUGGCCGCUCAGCGCGCCCCUCAUUCUUGAGGAGGCGUAGCCUUAGCAUCGAGUCCCCGGUGAACAGCGACAAUGCAUUGAUACCGCCGCAGCCAUUGAAAGUCCGUCGUAAUGUCAGCCUGGGAAACAUCUCGGUGAGGCCUAAUUUCUCAAUCACGACACCGCGAACGACGCCCUAUUUAUCACCUCAGGUUGGCGUCGAUCAGGAUCUUUUUGGUGAAGGCUUGGCCAUGACACGCACAAACUCCAACUCCCUUGAUGGGUCCGGAACAGAUGGUCAUAUUGUGGAACUGUCAAACAUUAGCAAGCGAAGAGCCCCCUUUUAGAGAGGCAACACGCGGAGGCAUGACUGGAUGGUGGGUGGAGGACUGCCAAUGGAGUCAAUCAGCGAUGCCUUUUUCGAUCUUGAUACCCCUUUUUGUUGUAUGCCUUGAGACUUGUAGCAUUAGAGAGAAAGCAUAGCAUAGGAAAUCAAACCGUGUGAAACCCCAGAUCCAAAGCAGAAUUGAGGUGUGUAACAAUUGUGCAGAAGGAAGUGAUGGGUGGUUGUCAUUACUGGGAGU